AUGACGCUAAUGUCACGCACGCACAUUAAAAGAAUCGCUCAUCAAAACCUUCAUAAACCACACACCCAUAAUGUUUGUUUUCAUGUGAUAAACUAUUACAGACACAGGAGUGUUAACUUAGCAUCAGCUAAACCCUGAAGUCUCGGUUCACUUCCUCAGAAGUCACUUCACACGUGCAGUUCGUCUGAUGUUCAGCAGGUGGCGGUCACGCGCUUAAGCUCGAGCGUCACACGAGGAGAAGAAGAGCUGGAGCUCGCGCAUCAUCAACAGAAUAAGAGCGCUCGUGCUGUGAAAGAUGUUAAAGAGUCGAUUCUGUGUUUCUCUCGCUUAUGUUUGCGGUGUAACGUUAAACGGACGCUGCGCUGCAGUCGCAGAGGCCGUUUCUCCACAGAAGAGAAGCAAAAGUCACACGAGUGGAGAAAACGGGGUGUUGAAAUUCGCCAAACUGACGGAGAACGCCACGACACCGAGCCGAGGAUCGAACCGAGCCGCGGGCUUCGACUUGUACAGCGCGUAUGAUUACAGUGUUGGAUCGAUGGAUAAAGUUCUAGUGAAGACGGAUAUUCAGAUCGCGGUUCCUCACGGUUGUUACGGCAGAGUCGCUCCUCGCUCUGGUUUGGCUGUGAAACACUUCAUUGAUGUGGGAGCUGGUGUUGUGGAUGAGGAUUACAGAGGAAAUCUGGGAGUUGUGCUCUUUAACUUUGGUAAAGAGACUUUUGAAGUGAAGAAAGGAGAUCGUAUCGCUCAGCUCAUCUGUGAGAGAAUCUGUUACCCGGAGCUGAUGGAGUUACAGACAAUGGAUGAUACUGAGAGAGGUGCGGGCGGUUUCGGCUCUACUGGCUCAAACUGAAUCAAACCCUUUCUGUGUUUUUUAUAUAUGUGUGAAUGUUAAAUAAAUGUUGUGCUACUGUUA